AUGAUGGUUAAAUGUAAUCCCUAAAAUGGAAAAUUUAUGGCCUGUUCAAUAUUAUAUAGAGGAGAUGUCAUUCCGAAAGAUGUUCGUUUAUCACUUUCUAAAUUAAGUGUAAAGAAAACUAUUUAAUUUGUUGAUUGGUGUCCUAUAAAGUUUAAAGUAGAUAUUACUUACAAAGAUCACUUUAUAAUCCCAGAUGGAGAAAUAGCAAAAGUUGUCCGAUCAGCAUGUAUGAUUUCCAAUACAACAGCUAUUUAUGAUAUUUUUCCAAAAUUAACUCAAGAAUUUGAUUAAAUGUUAUCUAGAAGUGCCUUUGUUCAUUGGUAUUGA